AUGAAGAAGACAGAAGUUGCUGAAGGCCGCUGUUACAACAUGCAUUAUCUGGAUGACAGCGAGAGUCCGCUGGAUGUACUUAUUCAUCUGACGACAUGGCUGACGUACGUUGAAACAAAGGUCGAUCACAAGUGGGACGACGGCGACUACAUUUUCCCUGCAGUAUCGAAAAUAUCGAAGAGUGUUAUCAAAACAGACGCUGUAUAUACAUAUUGCGAGAAUGCACGGGUCGAGUGGGGUAAGAAGAUGUCCGAACAGGCAGUCAUCACAUUGCUUAACUGUGCAGUUCGAGAUAUCAAUCGCAAUGGGGUGACCACCCGGGGCUACGUUCGACAACAGUGGCAAGGUAUCUGGUUCACUUCUCACACAUUCCGCCGCGCUGGCACCCAGUACAGAUUUAUGUUCGCGCCGCCUAAACGACGAUGGUCACUUCGCAUGGUAAAGUGGUGGACUGGGUGGACUCAAAACGAGUCAGCAGAAACCCUUAGGCGAUACCUCUUGGAUCAAGCAGCAGCUGAUGAAGACACCCAAAAUGCCGACAGCUUAGCCCCGGAUCGCGAAGCUCAUGUAGGGCGCCUUACUACAUUUUCUCGACGCAAACACUAA